UUAUAAUUAUUUAUAAUUUCAGCCAACGAUGAAAUGUUAUACAGAAGAAAUUUUCGGACCAGUUCUGUCCUGCAUUUUUGCUAAAACGUUCGAUGAAGCGAUCGAUAUUAUUAAUAAAAAUUGUUACGGGAAUGGAACAGCCGUUUUUACAACAAACGGAGCAACGGCUCGGGCGUUCGUUAAUAGAAUCGAAGCUGGACAGGUUGGCAUCAACGUUCCCAUUCCAGUUCCAUUGCCAAUGUUUAGUUUCACUGGAAACAAGGGCUCGUUCUUGGGCGAUUCCCAUUUCUAUGGCAAACAUGGAAUCAAUUUUCAUACUCAAGUGAAAACUGUAACGCAAUUGUGGAGAUCCAGCGAUGCGAGUGAUAUCGACUCUUCAACUGCUAUGCCUACUAUGCAAUAAUUAAAACUCGGCAACAAUUGAAACUACCAAGAAAUUAUAUUUUUCAAACAUUCCACAGAUACUAUUGUUGAAGAUGCGAAUUAUAUUAUCGAAUUUGCAGUGCCACUAAAAGAUCGAAGUCUUCCAUUAAUCCGAAAUAUAAAUAUUUUGGAUAAGUGCCAUGUACAGAGAAUUUAUAUUUUG